CAGCAGCCUUUUUUUCGUUGCCCUCUUUGGUCGUGUCUUCCUUCGUUCUGCGUUCUUUUUAUCUGCAUUAACGAUUCUAAUAUACUUCUUGUUUACAUUUUCCAUACCUUUGGCCAUCGCGCGCCCGUCAGAGUGCAUCAUUCGAGUGCACUGCCGACCUUGACCUGCCUACGGCCGCAACGGUUUUCAGACACUCGUGUCCUUACAUUCCUCCACCCACCAACUCCAGUUACCUUCUUUCGAACAAGCGGUCACCAAUUCUCGAUAUUUUCUCAAUCGCACCGAGAAUUUCCCCCAAGUCAUUCAUUUCUACGGUAGAGGCCGCCCGCCGCCACCAUGAAGAUCCAAUUUUCACCGUCUUUGGUCCUUCUUCUCCUUCUCGCCCUGACGACUGCGGCGGCAGACCUUAACUCGGUCAGUCAACCGAGUGCUCGCGUCGCCGGUGCGUCAUCCGAUCUGAAUUCCCGCUAUGUCGAUUCCGACUCGAUCGCAUCUUCCAAUGCUGUCAAAGGGUCGCUGGACGCCCCAGUAGACGGCAAAGAUGGCCGGCCGCAUGCCGGUCCGUGGGUGGAGACCACCGCGGAGCGCGACCGCAAGAGCAAGGGCAGUGAUGAUAUCGACCUGGUUUCAACGAAGUACGACCUCAAAAUUCCCUCGUCGGAGCACCUCAGUGCCGAAGGAAAAGUGAUCCCGCACUCCAAUGGUGGUGUGAUGGAUGACCCAGACCGGGCUGGCCCCAAAGCAGGCACCAGAGGCACCGAGGGAGGGGUAUCGGAAAAGGGAAAGGAGAACCAGUACAAUGCUGAGAAAGUGCCUGGAAGUCCCAAGGAGGCUCUUCCGUUGCCGCAUAGCGAGAAGCAGAAGCAAUCCUCUGAUAGCGAUGCGACCGUGGGAACUGGCGGUCGCACCGCCGAUGAGGCUGGAACGCUGGGAAUGCUGGAGAAACCGGCCGAUCUGCCUACCAAGCCCCACGAUAUCCCCCACCCCAAGUCACCCUCCCAAGCCAAGGAUGACCCUCUAGCUGUCCAGCACGGCUCCGCUGGCUCCGGAUCAUACCCCGGCUCCUCUACCUACGACAAGACAUCGACUCAGAUCUCUCCGGAAGACAGCGAUGGACUACACUCUCUGGUCUUUGCGUUCACCAUGAUCAUCGUCUCUGAGAUCGGUGACAAGACUUUCCUCGUCGCGGCACUCAUGGCAAUGAGACACCCACGACUGGUUGUCUUCUCCUCGGCCUUCUGUGCUUUGUUCAUCAUGACCGUCUUAUCCGCCAUUCUUGGCCACGCCGUUCCGACCCUGAUUCCCAAGUCGCUCACCAAGCUGUUGGCGGCUGUGCUCUUCCUCAUCUUUGGUGGUAAGAUGCUGAAGGAAGGUCGUGAGAUGUCUCCGGACGAGGGCGUUGGAGAGGAAAUGCGCGAGGUCGAGAUGGAGCUGGAGGAGAAGGAGCAGGAGCAGCGCCGCAUGGGCCGUCGCCGCUCCUCGAUCACUCCUCAUUCGCUCGAGGCUGGCCGUGCUGGUGGUCGUCCCAAGUCGCGCGGUUCUACCAACCGACUGCCUUCUCCGCCCGAGAGCAUCUCCUCGUCUUCCUCCCGUGGCUCAUCUCCCUACCCUCGUCGUCGCUUGAAUGACAUGGUGAAUGGCGUGAGCAACCUCUUUUCUCUUCUACUUAGCCCAGCAUGGGUUCAAACUUUUGUCAUGACAUUCCUCGGCGAAUGGGGUGACCGUAGCCAGAUUGCGACCAUCGCCAUGGCUGCCGGUCAAGAUUACUGGUGGGUGACCGUUGGCGCGAUCACCGGCCAUGCCAUUUGCACUGCCGCGGCUGUCAUCGGCGGCCGAGCUAUCGCUGGCCGUGUCAGCUUGCGAGUCGUGACUCUCGGCGGUGCCACGGCUUUCCUCAUCUUCGGUAUUAUUUACUUCAUAGAAGCCAUGUAUUAACACCUCAUCAUGUGGGCGGUCGCAUGAUCUACGACCUUGGCGUGUUUCAUUUUUCGAGUUUGGGCGUUUUACCGUGGUGUAAAGUCAGAGACGUCUUGUGAAAAUAUCUCUCUAUUAAUGAUAUAAUAUUGUGACUGGCGCAGGCAUGAUUAGCCAGGCAUUCGUUUUUCUCGAUUUUGUGAAUCUUAUCA